AUGGUGUGGAGUGUGAUCGAGGCCGUUCGGCAUUCGCUCAAAUACCGAGGAGGUAUGAGAGGCCUUUUAAACCACAUGUACACGAACGGUGACUACCCAUUCAAGGUUGGAACCUACAUGGGCUGUGAUGCCAAGGGCAACCGCUACUACGAAAACCGUGUGGACUAUCCUUUUGGUCAACAUCGUUGGGUAGAACCUGCUGAUAUGCACAACUUUGACUCUACAAUGGUCCCCCCAGAAUGGCACGGGUGGAUGACAAGCAUGCACGAUGCUGCUCCCGCCUCGGAAGAAGAGUUUAUCAAUGAGAUGGCAAAGAACCAUAUUCAUCCCUCUGCACCUUCCGAUGCUCCAUUCAACCACAAUGUUGGUUACCAAAACGAAUAUUUCAAUUUCAAUGGCAUGCACAACCAAUCGCAAAUUCGCUCUCGUGGAUACGGUAUCGGAAACCCUAUCGUUGGACUUCCUCCACAUGCUCCAGAUGCCUUCUAUACCCAACCUGGAUCUCCUUACAACCCUCACUUUAUCCGAAAGUUCGAGAUGGAAGGUGACUUGGAUGAGGCCAAGGGUGGAGGCCGCCCAUACAAGAAUGACUUGUGGAAGGACCGAUUGGCCACUGCUGAAGAAAAGGCUGCCAAGCUAAACCCUGUUGGAGGAGAAGCCAUGAGUCUAGGCAACCUUACCCCCAAGGAGGAAGCCAUUCUGGCACGUGGUGGUACUCUGCCCAACAAGAGUUAA